GCUCGAGAUGGAUCUUUCUGUUGGAAGAGUAACACUCGCUGUGAUAACUUUAUUUUGCAUACUUUCUACACGUUUCGCAGUUGGAAAUGUCUAUUACUCACAAGAUGAAAUAUUCAAAUCGAAACUUAAUCAAAUCGAGGAAAGGAUUAUUAAACGACUAGAUGAGCGCCUAAGUGAGUUUGAACGAAGUUUGGAGCAAAAAUUCGGUCAGGAAAUGAAGGUGGAGAAUAUCAAAGCGGAUCAAAGGUUUUCAGUCAUGGAUAACACAUUGGAAUCAUUGAAGAAAGCCAUCUCUCGCAACUCCGGCGCCUACUUCGGUUGUUGCCGAUCAGUUCCCUCGGAGUAUAGCAACGUGUUCAUGAUCCGACCGAAUGGGCUGAACACUCAUCCGUUUCUGGUUUAUUGCGAACAGGACUUUUACGGCGGUGGCUGGAUUACGAUUCAGCGUCGUUUUGAUGGUAAACUUAACUUUACCCGGGAUUGGGCCGAAUAUGUCGAGGGGUUCGGAGAACCCGAUGACGAACAUUGGCUUGGUUUGGAAAAGAUUCACAAGAUAACGAGAACUGGGCGACAUGAGUUGUUGGUUCGGCUGGUAGAUUACGACGGAACUAUAAAGAUGGCGCUGUAUGAUGGAUUCGAGGUUGCCGACAAGGAUAGAAAAUACCGAUUGAGAUUGGGAACAUUCGUUAACGGACUUGCCGGGGAUUCUUUGAGCGCCAGUAGCGGUGUUAAUUUUUCCACUUAUGACCAGGACAACGACCUGCAUAAGUCCGGAUCGUGUGCCGAGUUCUAUCAAAGUGGUUGGUGGUUUGCCUCCUGCAUGAACGCGAAUCUCAAUGGGCUCUAUCAGCAGAACGAUUCCAACAACAAAACCAUGAAUUGGUUCGGGUUUCGAAACGACUUGCAGGGGCUCAAGGAAUCCACAAUGUUAAUACGCGAAAAACUGAAGUCAAACUAAAAAUGGAAUUCUCCCCAACCCCAAGUUUUCUUCGUAGCGAUAGCGUUAUAUUUUUAUAUCGUUAAUACAAACCUUACUAUUA